AUGCUAAUUCCAUUACACAAAAAGAGUGAUAAAUCCUGCACUAAUAAGUAUUGCCCAGUCCCUGUGGCUCAAUGUGGUUUUACAUUGCAAUCAUCAACAGUUAAAGCUGUUCAAAAUGUUGUUUCUAUGGCCCAAUCAUCUUCUGAAUCCAUAUCAUCUGCUGACGCCACACAAAUAGACUUGAGGAAUGCAUUUGAUUAUGUAAACCACAAAAUAAUCUUGGAGGAACUAUGGAGUUAUGGCAUUAGGGACCUUGAACUUCUCCUCAUUAAAUCCUAUAUGAGUAACAGAAAACAAAUUGUAAGCUACAGUGGUCAAAAUUCACAGUUUCUGAAUGUUACGAGAGAUGUAUCACUGUGUGGGCCACUACUGUUUGUAACAUUUAUAAAUGACCUGUGCAGUAAUAUGCCAUGCAGAUCCGUGCUUUAUGCAGAUGAUACAACUUUCAUCAAUUCAGGGAAAGACACCACUAAACUGAAGUUUCAAUGUAAAUAUUUCCUCCAGUUAUUCAAUAUGUGGUUUGAAUCCAAUGAAUUGGCUAUUAACAAUGAAAAGACAGUAAAUAUCUUAUGUUGA